AUGCGUCGUGCUCUUCCACUACUAGCGCUGCUAAUGUCUAUCGCGUCUGCGCUGGUGAUCGAAAAUCCAAAAUGUCGCUUACUGACACAUGUAUCGAGCGAAUUCACAAACGUCACGUUGCUGCAAUCCGGUGGACUGCAGAAUUAUCAAGUUGAACGAGUGUCACCAUUCACAGCCUGUGAACCUCUACGCAACCAGGACCUGACAGGAAAAGUGGCACUCGUGCUCCGUGGAGACUGCAAUUUUGUGCAAAAAGUGUGGCACGCCCAACGUGCCCAUGCAGUUGCUGUGAUCGUGAUGGACAAUGAACUUCGAAAUGAAGCACCGUAUCACAUUAUUAUGAUGAAAAAUAACAUGGCCAGCAGCAUUUACAUCCCAUCGGUCUUUAUCUCGUACGCAUCUGGCGAGUGGCUGCUGGAUGCCAUGAGUCGUGCGGUACCGUGGGACGUUCUACGGGUUACAAUUGAUUCGAAUGGCGAACUACCGCAAGCUACGACGUCGAAUCGCUUGUUGAAGCGUGUGAUUGCCUACAUUUUCCUUAUUUCCAUCGUCUGCGCGUUAUCGAGUGGACUCAGUUUACUUUCGUCGGCAAUUUUCCAGUAUGUUGGGAAGACGCGGCGAACACGUGUAGCCAAGCAGCUACCGAUCGCUAAGUACCAGCGCAACAUGCAACGCACUCUGCUGAAGCACUUGCUGGAAGGCCAGUUUGUGCUAGAUCGUAUUUCAUUUGCUGCGAUUGAAAACGUUGGGCGUAGUGUUAACCUUUCGCACAUGGAGGACGAACCUGUUUUGCGCUCUGCGAGUCUUCGCAGUACAGGAAACGCGGUCUCGAAUGAUGACGAUGUUUACAUUAAUACCAAAGAAGAGCUGAUAGAAGAGGAAAAGGUCAAGUCAAUGGCGGACGAAAUCACCCAUUGGAGCUCAGCCGAUUCCGAUGCAGAAAUUUGCCCGAUUUGUCUGGACGAAUUCGAGGACGGGGCCGAUGUUAAGGUUCUUCCAUGUCAACAUUUUUUCCAUGUGGACUGCAUCAAUCCGUGGCUCGGGGGGCAAAGUGGGCGCUGCCCUCUUUGCAAGCAAGACGCUAUUGCCACGAUUGCUGGUGCGUCCAAGAAGAUUUUUGGUCUCCCGUUGCCGAGAGUUGACCAAAUUUUACAACAGGAGCAUUGGAUUCAUACGUUUUUUCUCAUGCUGCCUGCAAGCUUUAUCAGCUGCCUGAUUGUCAAUGCUGCCGCAUCCAUCAUUGGUACAAUGUGGCCGUAA